CCGCUUUGAUCAUAAUUAUCAUGUCCUUCGGCUCGGUCCACUUAAAGAUCAUAAAGAUAAACUAGAAAAUCUCCUUUUACGAGUACCACUAUCUAAGCCAGGAACAAGACCGCACGGCGUUGGAGCAGGAAAGACAAUAUCAAUACGCCGCCUCAAAAUAUCUUUCAUCCAUAUCAAGUUGGUUCCUUUUAGGCAGAGGAUCCUGAAACUUGCUACAAGUUCGUUGUACCUCUGGCCGCUCGUCUAGGUGUCAGUACUCUCGUAUUGAGUCGAAUGUCGUCGAGGCAGCGACUUGCUUCAAAUCUCUUGUAAACAAAAGGCAACGCGCCGUGUCAUCUGCCCAUCAAUCUUCAGAUGCCCCCGCCUUUCCACUUCCUUGGCUUAUUCGUAUUCCCCUACCUCGUGGUUCUUGUGGAUGUCCAUGAAAAUGAAGAUUCAGUAAGCUUUAUCCAAAAUCUUCCCAUAUCCACGAUAAGUCGUG